AUGAUGGAUCGAGUGUGGCUGGUGUGGAGCUGGCUGCGGGUGGCGUGCACCAUACUCUUCCACAAGCUCGUCAUCAUCGUCGCAGGGUGCCACUUGAAUGCCCACCUGCCUCCGAGCUUUCGCCUCUCGUGGCGUCGCAUGCUCGUGCACGACCUCUCCAAGUUCCACCCCGCCGAGAUCUUUCCCUACGCCUGCCACUACUACGGCACCAACGCUGGCAAGAGGCGCGACCAAGACCCCGACUUCGACCUCGCCUUCGCACACCACACCGCCCACAACGACCAUCACCCCGAGUUCUUUGAGACCAAAAGUGGAGAGGUUGGACGAAUGAACGACGCGGCCCUGGUGGAGAUGGUGGCCGACCUGUUCGCUGCGAACCAGGCCUAUCAGGGCAGUUGGCCACGACCAGGCGAGUGGGCGUGGUUGCAGAGGAACUGGCCAACGCUGCACGUCCACCCCGUGGACAAGGCGCUGCUGGGCGCCAUCCUCAGCGUACUCGGCUUCGAGGCCGACAUUCCCAGCUUCGACUGGAACGACGCCGAGCUGGCCAUCAGCGGAGAGCAAGACGAUGACGCCACCGCCGUCAAGAAGUUUAGAGAGUUGCGCGAGGCCUACAACAAGAAGCAACGUGAGCACACCAAGAAGAGCCAGUAA